AGGGGUUCUUUCCUUCACCUCUCUUUCUCCUUUCUCUUUCUUGAGGCCUUCUCCUCUUUGUUUCCAUCGAUGAUUCCAUAAUUGCUGCUGUUACAGGGAGGCGAUGAAGGGGUCUCAGGUCCUUUGCUCUUCACUUAUUCAGCCUAGAUUUGAACAAAAUAUGGGGGAAAUGAUUCAAUUGUUUUGGGCUUGGGCUGCUGUGCUUGGAGAUUACUGGGGGCCUCUGACUGUGGAAGAGCCUAGACUCUCUUCUGUGCAAGUUUCUCCUAAUGCAAAGAAUGACCUACAAAAUGAGUCGACCUCCACUAAAGGAGAUGUUCCCCUUCAUCACAUAGCAAAUUUGGUGAAGAGAGAGGAGUAUGGCUUGAAGAAGACAUGGAAAGGCUCGGAAGGAAUCAAGUUCAACCACCAAGAAAGAAGAUGGAAAGGAAGAGGAAGAGGAAGAUAGUUCCUACAAUGCUUGGUGUAAGCAGGGCAUCCAAAGCAAAACUUGAUGGCCCAGGCACUAGACUUGCCAUGUAGGUGGACACCUCUCAUUUGUCUGCUAGUUAAUAGAUUACCUGAAUUUGG